AUGACAUUAAAGUACUCAUACGCAACCCUCUUGACAUCGGACUCAUAUCUACCAGGAGCUCUAGUCCUAGCUCACGCCCUCCGAGAAUCAGGCACAUCGCAUUCGCUAUCCUGUAUCGUGACGCCCGAAACGCUCUCGGCUACGGCCAUACCCAUCUUACGGAGAGUCUUUGACCAUGUUGCUAUUGUCCCUGUAUUGAGAUCAGGUGAUCCGGAACGUCUGGGCUUGCUAGGUAGACCCGAGCUUGAUGUGACAUUCACCAAGAUACACUUGUGGAAUCCUGAGGUCAUGCCUUUUGACAAGGUCGUGUUUCUGGAUGCCGAUACUCUACCAUUGAGGAAUGUGGAUGAGUUGUUUGAGUAUGUCAGUGGUGAUGUGGCGUUUGCUGCUGCUCCUGAUCAGGGAUGGCCAGAUUGCUUCAAUUCAGGUGUAUUCGUGCUCAAACCUGAUGCUGCUGUCCACGUCGCUUUGCAAUCACAUGCUGAAGCUCAAGGAUCGUUUGAUGGUGGUGAUCAAGGUCUCCUCAACACCUUCUUCUCGACUUGGUCUGGAGUAACAGCACCAACAGAUCACCCAACACCUCCAACAUCAACCCGUCUUCCUUUUAUCUUUAAUGUCACCCCAACUGCCAUAUACUCUUACUUGCCAGCGUUCGUUCAUUACCGAACCAACAUUGCCAUUGUCCACUUCAUUGGAGAAUUCAAACCAUGGAUGUAUGACCGUUUCACAGAUGGUUCUGUGGUCCCAAGAGGCCAUUCAGUUCCACAGACACUAGAAGUAGUACAGAAAUGGUGGACGAUAUUCGAUACAUAUUCGAUAAGUGGUCAAUUGAAUCAAGUCCAUACAUUACGAGGUCGAUUCUCGGGAUGGAAUUUCAAGCCUGUGAAUUUCCCAUACCAAAUGCCUGUAUCUGCUCUGCCUCCACGACCAACCACACCACUCCCGUCAUCUCUGACAUCUGCCGAAGAGCCACAAGCACCUACAGAUUUUGGAUCAUAUCGAGUAGAUUGGGACAGCAGGGAAUUCACACGACGACAAAAGCGAUUGACCGAUGGCUCCAAGAUCGGAAAACUCACUAUAGAUUCUGAUGAACCAACUGAUGAAGUCUCAAAAGUCCUUGGAUCUCCAUUAUCUGCUACCCCAUUAUCUGUUGCUAGUGGUCGUAAAUCACCAGGUGGAGGAGGAGCAGGAGCCAUGUCGCCGCUUGCUGCUACAACACCUACUUCAUCAUCAUUUGGAGCUGCUCAAGCUGCGUUCUCGUCUUCUGCACCAUUGCCUGCUGGAUUUGGAACUCCGAAGAAGGCCUCAUCGCCAAAUUUGAGUACAAAGGCGAGAGAAACUGCUGGAGCCAGAGCAUCUCCUCCAUCUUCACGAAAGUAA